AGGCACGAGUUGGCCUGUAAGCCUGCGCUCGCGAGUCAUCAGUGUCGGACACGUAGUGGGAACGAGCAGGUCCCGAUGCACAAGUCACGGCAACCCUCGGCGGAGAUGAAGGCGGACUCCGACUGGCUCUGAUUUUUAAAAGCCCUUUUCAUUCAGGCGGUAGGUUGCCAAUGGUUAUCAAUAUGGCAGAGCCGUCAUCCCAGGCACCCACCGCUGCAAAAAUGGCGUCACUUAACCGGGUCCGAGCUUUGGCGAUGAUUUUCUUGACUGUCACCGGCUGUUGUGUCGCCCCGACAAGUGGCAAGGAAGGGUCCGAGGAGACCGUCAUCAUAGGACUCCGACUGGAGGACACGGACGAAAUUUCCUUCAUGGAUAGGGGCUACCUGCGGUUGAGUGAGCGCUCUCGGGUGAAACUAAGGGUGUACGGGCAUAACAUCAACAACGAGACCUGGUCCAAAAUUUCUUUCACGGAACACGAGCGGAGCAGGACGGUAGGGAGUGUUGACAGCUCCUCGGGGGAUAACCAGAGCCAGGAGGACUCGUCCAGCUUUCAUCCCUGCGGUAUUAGGACUUCGGAUAUAAUUAUAUUACCCAACAUCAUCCUAAAUCGAAAGUCGUCGGGAAUAGUUGAAAUUGAGGUCAAACCUCUGCGCAAGACCGAGAAGAGUAAAUCGUAUUACCUUUGCAUCGCUACCGCGACACCGGCCGUGGGCGGGAUGCACGACCCGUGGACGGAGAACACCUGGAUCUACCACAACGGGGAUGACACCAACGUGAUAGUGGUGGAGGAGAAAAAGUUUCUGCUGCCUUUCUGGCUCCAGGUAAUCGUCAUCUCCAUGUUGCUUUGCCUGUCAGGCAUGUUCAGCGGGUUGAACCUGGGGCUCAUGGCUCUGGACCCCAUGGAGCUCCAGAUAGUGCAGAACUGCGGCACCGAGAAGGAGAAGAAUUACGCCAAAAAAAUCGAGCCGGUCAGGAGCCAAGGGAAUUAUUUGCUAUGCUCUCUUCUGCUGGGGAACGUGUUAGUGAACACCACGCUGACCAUCCUGCUGGAUGACAUCGCCGGUUCUGGGUUGAUCGCGGUGGUCAUGUCCACCAUUGGAAUAGUGAUUUUUGGAGAAAUCGUUCCCCAGGCCAUCUGCUCCAGACACGGCCUCGCUGUCGGGGCCAACACCAUCUUCCUCACCAAGUUCUUCAUGUUGCUCACCUUCCCUGCUUCCUACCCGGUGAGCAAACUCCUCGACUACCUCCUGGGUCAGGAGAUAGGUACCGUGUACAACCGGGAGAAGCUUCUGGAGAUGCUGCGCGUAACGGACCCCUACAACGACCUGGUGAAGGAGGAGCUGAACAUCAUCCAGGGCGCGCUGGAACUCAGGACUAAGACCGUGGAGGACGUGAUGACGCCCCUGAGAGAUUGCUUCAUGAUCCCCGGGGAUGGCACCCUCGAUUUCAACACCAUGUCCGAGAUCAUGAAGAGUGGCUACACGCGCAUCCCAGUCUUUGAGGGCGAGAAGUCCAACAUAGUGGAUCUGCUCUAUGUCAAGGACCUGGCCUUCGUGGACCCGGAUGAUUGCACUCCUCUGAAAACCAUCACAAAGUUUUACAGCCACCCACUGCAUUUUGUGUUCAAUGACACGAAGUUGGAUACAAUGCUGGAGGAGUUUAAAAAAGGUAAAUCCCACCUGGCCAUAGUUCAGAGGGUGAACAACGAGGGUGAGGGAGACCCUUUCUACGAGGUUCUGGGUAUUGUGACCCUGGAGGACGUUAUUGAAGAAAUCAUCAAGUCGGAGAUCCUGGACGAGACUGACCUGUACACUGACAACAAGACGAAGAAGAAAAUCACCCAUCGAGAGAGGAAGCAGGAUUUCUCGGCCUUCAAGCCUAACGACAAUGAAAUGAAGGUUAAAAUAUCACCUCAGCUUCUGCUGGCUACCCUGCGUUUCCUAGCAACAGAGAUCGAGCCUUUCACACCGAUGCAAAUGUCAGAAAAGAUUCUGCUGCGCCUGCUGAAGCAUCCCAACGUCAUCCAGGAGUUAAAAUACGAUGAAAAGAACAAGCGGGCGGUGGAGCACUACCUCUUCCACAGGAACAAGCCCGUGGAUUACUUCAUCCUCCUAUUGCAGGGGAAAGUGGAGGUGGAGGCGGGAAAAGAGGGGAUGAAGUUUGAAGCGGGACCGUUUUCCUUCUACGGGAUGUUGGCUCUGACAGCCUCGCCAGUGCCUCUGUCCCUGUCUCGUACCUUUGUGGUCAGUAGGGCUGAAUCAUUAGCAGGAUCUCCAGAAAAUAAAUCUCCUCCGCGGCCGUUUGGACUCAACCACUCAGACUCCCUGAACAGAAGCGACCGUAUCGACGCCAUCACCCCGACGCUCGGCAGCAGCAACAACCAGCUCAACUCCUUCCUGCAGAUCUACGUACCUGACUACUCAGUCAGAGCGCGCACAGACCUGCAGUAUAUAAAGGUAACACGCCAGCAGUACCAGAACGCUGUAAUGGCGUCCCGGAUGGACAAAACGCCACAGUCGACAGACAGUGAGUUCACUAAGAUAGAGCUAACGCUGACCGAGCUCCACGACGGAGUGGAGACCCCCACCGUCGUUGUCACCAGCACCGCCGGCACUACCAGCACCACCAGCACCACCCCUGCCGUGUCCGUAACCAUCGCCAACGAGACGUCCCACCUGCUCAACCAGCAGCAGCAGAACUGUGUGGGUCUCAACAGGAGUAACCACACCGCCCACAACGAGGGACCCAUCUAGCCCCCGCCGAGCCCGGUGGAGACCCAGACUCCACCCUGUCUCGUGGACACGCGCAGCGCUGUGGCGUAGGUGAUGAGGGAAAGCGGGGAAGUGGAGGCGGGUGGAGUGAGGGUUCUGCUCCAACCAGUAGCCCCCUGUCAGUCAGUGAGACCCUUUCAUGGAGGGGCAAGUGGGGAAGACGGGUGCUGCGCCCCCUGAACGCCCCCUACCUGAACGCUGUCAGAAUCCCUGCUGUACUCACCCUCUCACAGGGGGUGCACUCAGACAGUACCUGCGACUGAGCUUCUUUUUGGGACAAUCUGACACUUUCAUAGCGCUGACUAAAAGAUGACAGAGUGCAUGCAAACCCAGUUCCUAUGCCUGAAACACACAACAAAACGCAACACUCGCUGUAUUUUCUUCUCAGGCCAAAGACUUUGGUCCCCCCUUCUUACACUGGACACAGACUGUUUUGCAAAACACACGUAUUCAAACGGUCACAAUCCCCAAACACACACAAAUGCAACUCCCCCACCCGUGCAUCUUUCAGGGAGGCUCAGUCGACUGUUGAUCCCAUCAGCAAGGACUCAAACCCAAACAAGCAGAGAUUGGUCAAAGACUGCACCAAAAACCGCUUUGAAGGAAAACCGUUAAAAACCACGAACCAAGAAUGUUAUCCUGUAUUUAUUUAUUUUAUAAUAUUGUAUGUAUAUAUGUACGCGUGGAGACAUGAUAUGACAUAAACUGGCAUAAGAGCAUGCCGAUAAGCAUGUACACAAAGGUGUGCGCAGGGGCGCACGUGUCAUAUCAAAAAGGACAUGCUACAUAUAUGGAGACGAACAUCCAUUCAUGUAAAUGAGGAGGUGAGGGUCUUUUACAGAUACAGUAUGUAUAUUACAGAUCUUGUUAUUUUUACUAUUAUCCUAAAUCAGGCUUAUGGUACACUAUCUUUUUCACCUUUAAAAAAAUCACACUAUUGCCUUUAAGAGAAAUCAUAUAAUUAAUUAUUUUUAACAAAGUGCAAUGAAAAGCAAUUUAUUUAAGAGAUGAUUAUGAAUUUUUCAAAAAUCACUGUAUUAUAAAUUGACAGAUAUAUUUGUAUGUACUGUAUGUAUAUUUGUUUUUUUGAAAAAUGCUAAACUGCAGCCAUCCACAAGCAAAUUUGUCCUAGUCAGUCUCUCUUUCUCCUCGUCUCUUUCAUGUUUCUGCAUCCUUUGACCUCACGUCCAUAUGGGAUUAAUGAUGCCAACACUAUUCACCACAGUGUAAUGAAAUGGGGAGGGGGGGAAAACGGAUAGGGUGUAAAAGUGCCAACACGGCACCUAUUUGUGGGAAGGUUGUGUCUUUUUUUUGCCAAUUUUACGCAUAAUCAAGCUUGAUAAUUGCACAGUAUUAAUGACCUCAUCUAACAUGUUGAGCAUCAUCAACGUCACAAAAAGUAACCUCGACAUUAAACAUGUCCAUGAAUGAUACAAAGCUAUGCUUUUCCACUGUUUAUGUGUGAAUGUGUUUUUUUGUGUGUCUACAAAACAUAGCCCUUUGGUUUAGUUGAUAAAGGCUGUUGACAGGAGUGAAUGUGAAAGAGACUAGACUUUCCUUGUUUUGGCUCCCCACACAUUGUGGAUUUUAAUCCAUGUUUAAUAAUUCCUGAUUUAAUUCAGUUUGACGUUUUAAGUAUAUUCUUCACAAAUGUUGGCUGCUAUUAAAGAGAUAUAUUUAUUUCAUUUUAUCUUAGAAACACUGUACCCAUAUAUGUUUGUUUCUUUCACAAUUUAAAGAACACACAAUCAAGGAAUAGUUUGGCAUUGUGGGAAAUACACUAAGAUGUCUUCUUUUUGAGAAUUAGACAAGAAGAUUGAUACCACCAUUUUUUCAAAUAUGAAGCUAUAGUCGGUUAGCUUAGCCUAGCAUAACAACUGGAAACAGCUAGCGAGCAAGCCUGGCUCUGCCCACAAGCUAAUAAAAAACACUACUACUCUACCAUA